UCAAAAUUGUCUCAGAAUAGUUUUGUUAUGGUCGAAAGACAUUUAAUGUUUUGUUCCCCAUGUUUUCAGUCAUCCAAGGAACAAGAAGUUUCUGAGAAUUCCAAACGUGUCAAGAGGAACCACGCUGAAAAGAAGAGCUCUGCAGCAAAACAAGAAAAGUGUUCAUCCUCUCCUGUUAAAGAUCCUUCCCGAAGCACCCGCCACAUUAAAGGUGCUGCCGACCAACUGUUAAAAACACGAGACCCCAAACAACCGGUUUAUAAACCAGAAGAAUGUUCAGAACCAAAACGUGAACUUUCAGAUAAACAUAAGACUGUCAGGGGUAAGACUUUGAAAAAAGAAACCUCAAAACCCUCAAACAAUGCAGGGGCAGUCGCCCAGAGGACAGAGAAGACACCUAAAGGCGGCUCCGAUACAACAUCUGCCCACAGGCGCAAAUGCAAAUUUAAAAAACUGCGCGUGAGUUUGGAUUCUGCUGAACAGAAAGAACGGACGAGGAAGAGCAGCGCUGGGGAACCACCGAGGACUGAAGGUGAGGGAUGGACGUUGAAGACCAGAGGACCGAGCGCGGCCGCCUCCGCCUCUCAGGAUUCUGCAUCGGAGAAGAACAUCGAUUUGUUCAUGAAAAUGUGCCAAAGGCAUCGAGACGAGAAGGCCAAGCGGAGCCGGUGUACCGAGGCAACCUCUUCCUCUACCAUAGGGACUUCCUCCUCUUCCUCUACCAUAGGGACUGCCUCCUCUUCCUCCAAGCAGAAGGUCAGCAGCUCAGACGCUGUGAAGAAUGUGAGAACCAUCCCGGGGACCGUCCCCUCCAUGUCACACGCGACAGUCAAGUCGUCUGUUCAGGAACAAAUAUGCCGCCACGAAUCACCUCUUCGGUUUAAGAUACCAAAAAAGUCUCGACCGACGCCGGUCGGUCGCCCCGGUAACGACGAUGCUGCCAGUUCUUCAAACGGGAAUGUUGAACACGGGGCCGAUCAGCCUUCGGGCUCGAGAAGCAACGCCGCGCAGCGAGGCAUCCAACCGGCUCCCCGCUGCUCGGGGGCCACACCCGGUUCUGCACCUGAAGGUCAAGAGAGGUCGUGUUCGUCCCACGCGAUCACCGAGCUGCGGAGCGACCAGGUAACAAAGUUGUAUUCAUUUAAUCUGAACGAGUCACUUUGUUUUCACAUUUAUUGCUUUUCUUGACAUUUCUUUUCACACACAAUUUAUUGUAAUUCAUUGUGUCAGUUAGCGUAUUAAAUGACAUCUGCAUUAUAUAAAAAAAACGCCAUGGCCGU